AUGGCGUCUCCCGGAGAUAUGGAGUCCGCGCCCUCCAGGGUGCCGGCCACCAAGGUGGAACUCACCGUCUCUUGCAGGAACCUGUUGGACAUGGAUACUUUCUCAAAGUCUGAUCCUGUUGUGAUUCUUUACAUCCAAGGAACGGCGGACAAGGAAUGGCGAGAGUUUGGUCGCACAGAGGUGAUCGACAACACGCUGAACCCAGAGUUUGUCCGGAAAUUUGUGCUUGACUAUUACUUUGAGGAGAAGCAGAACCUUCGUUUUGAUGUCUACAAUGUGGACUCCAAGACUUGCAACCUUCCCAAAAGCAAGGGCUUCCUAGGGCAGGCCUACAUAGCCCUGGGCGAGGUCAUCGGCUCCCAAAGGGGUCGCCUGGAGCGGCCCCUCACGGGGGUUCCAGGGAAGAAGUGCGGCACAAUUGUGCUGUUCGCUGAGGAGCUCAGCAAUUGUCGGGACAUUAUCACCAUGCAGCUGUGUGCGAACAAGCUGGACAAGAAGGAUUUCUUUGGCAAAUCCGACCCCUUCCUUGUUUUCUACCGCAGCAACGAGGAUGGCACGUUCACCAUCUGCCACAAGACGGAGGUCGUGAAGAACAACCUGAAUCCUGUGUGGCAGCCAUUUUCCAUCCCUGUGCGGGCCCUGUGCAACGGGGACUACGACAGGACAGUGAAGAUUGACGUCUUUGACUGGGACCGGGACGGCAGCCAUGAUUUUAUCGGGGAGUUUGCCACGAGCUACAGAGAGCUCUCUCGUGCCCAGAACCAGUUUACCGUCUAUGAGGUUUCUAAUCCCAGGAAGAAAUGCAAGAAAAAGAAAUACAUUAACUCUGGGACUGUAACGCUGCUGUCCUUCGCAGUACAGUCGGAAUUCACCUUUGUCGACUACAUUCGAGGCGGGACACAGCUGAAUUUCACCGUCGCCAUUGAUUUCACCGCCUCCAACGGGAUUCCCUCCCAGCCCACCUCCCUCCAUUACAUGAGCCCCUACCAGCUCAGCUCCUACGCCAUGGCUCUGAAGGCAGUGGGAGAAAUCAUCCAGGACUAUGACAGCGACAAGCUUUUCCCUGCCUACGGCUUCGGAGCCAAAGUCCCGCCGGAUGGCAAGGUGUCCCACCAGUUCCCUUUGAAUCACAACCCAGACAACCCCAGCUGCGAAGGCAUCGAGGGAGUGCUGGAAUCCUACUUCCACAGCUUACGCACAGUGCAGCUAUACGGACCCACCAACUUUGCGCCAGUCAUCAACCAGGUGGCACGGUUGGCGGCCCAGGAGACCGACGGGUCCCAAUAUUACGUCCUGCUCAUCAUCACGGACGGAGUCAUCUCUGACAUGCUGCAAACCAAGGAAGCCAUUGUCAGCGCCUCGUCUUUGCCAAUGUCUAUCAUCAUCGUGGGAGUAGGGCCGGCUGAUUUUCUGGCUAUGGAAGAGCUGGACGGAGAUGAAGUGCGAGUCUCCUCCAGGGGGCGCUAUGCUGAGAGAGACAUUGUGCAGUUUGUGCCAUUCCGGGAUUACGUGGACCAUUCUGGGAACCACGUGUUGAGCAUGGCACGCCUGGCAAAGGAUGUCCUGGCCGAAAUCCCCGAGCAGCUCCUCUCCUACAUGAAGACCCGCGACAUCAAGCCCCUUUCUCCUAGUCCGCAGUAGCUCCGCCCUCUGCCGCAGCCUGAGCCAAUGAGGACGUUCCUCUCCAGCUGGGACUGAGACGACUCCUACCAAUUGGGUGUCCCCAAUGGGCUGGGUGGCUGGGACAGCUCUCUCUGUGGGAGGUGGGCCGGGGUGUGACCUCCCUGCCUCGCACAGGUGCCCUCGGAGAUGCCAGCACAAAAGCAUGAACCCACCCAGAAUCUCCCAACGGAUGGCACCAGAGUUCACAAACCAGCCCUUGGCAAGGGGCACGGACCAAGAAGGAGUUUGCAAGGAAGCCUGCAUUUCACUGAGGGCACCCAGGGACGAUGAUUUUCUUCAGGUUCGCUAAAUAAGGCGCCACCGAGUUCUGUUUCUGCCUGGUUGUCGACA